CUUCCUUUUUACAAAUCUGAUCGGUUUUUGUUUGUUAAAAGUCCUCAAUGAAGGAUGUUGCAAACCGUCUUGUUGUUUUAUGCUAAUUGAUGUUGCGAACUGUCAUGUGAUUGUAAGCCCAGGACUCACCUAACUGUUCUAUGGUUUUAAGCAAGGGUGACUGCUCUGACUUGUCAAUGGCUUAUGGGCACUUGUACAGCGAAUGAUGUUGAACUUCCAGAUGGAACAUCAUAUAAGAGUGGGGUAAUUAUCUGAGAUUCACAUGCUUUUGGGCUUGUAGACUUUCUUCAAGGAUUACAUGGGGGUUCCCUUGCUUAUGGAGCCAAAUUUUAAUGAUUAUAGCUGUCAGGGUUUCUACUUUAAAUGGAAGAGGAAGAAGAGUAAGUGGUGGCUAAUGCUGUGUAGAGAGAAUGGUAUAAAUAACAUUCUUUUAUUUAUUUUUUGUGCAUUCGAGGUGAUGAAUUGUUCUGAUCACCUAUAUUGGGCUUUUAACUCCUCCAUUUUUAUGAAUGUCGCCUGUUCAAGGAAAUGGGGUCCUGCAACAUAUUGCUGUUAUGGCUCUGUUCAGAUAAUUGAAGCAAAUCAAAAUAUCUUGGCUUGUAUUUGAUAAUACAGACUUUAAUGGCUCAACUCCCUACAAUUCUGAAAUCAGAAUGCCACACAAUUGGUAGAAAACAACUGCAACACCAAUAUAAUAACUAAAACCAGAUCAAGUAAUCUGAUUACUAAAUGAUUUUUUUGGUGUUAAACAUUGCAACAGGCAGCCAGUUUCAGACAAUUUACAAUAAUAUGAUACGAGGCCACAACAACUAAUGGAAAAAAAGAAAAGAAAUCCAAUGCAUGAUAAUAGAGUAAUUAGCGAUAACGUGCACAUCAUCAAACAACCACAUUUAUCUUUUCACAGGCUUUCCAAAUCCAGAUUAAUGUUCAUCUCAUAUCCCACCACCAAAAGAGACCAAAAAAAAAAAA